ACCAAUUGUCACCUAAACCCAACCAAAGUUAACCAAAGCCAACCAAAUCAACCUACAAACACGAUUUGGAUUCGCCAAUCCUUCUUACAAUUCCACCUCCCCUUUUUAAUAUUACGUUGACGAUUUCCGAUUCUUUUUAUUUUUCUUCAUUUUCAUUUCAUUCCAUUCCCACGAACAUUUACACCGUAAACCGUGUAUCCGAAUUCCAAUUAUUCAUUUAUUGCCCAAAACAAGCAAAUAGGUAGUAUAAGACAGACUGAAGCAAAGUCGCAAACAUGUCGUGGGCAGGGUUCAAGAAAAAUGUGAACCGUGCGACAACCCAGGUGAUGAUGAAGACGGGCCAUGUCGAAAAGACAAACGAUCGCGAUUACGAGGUCGAGGAGCGACGGUUUCGGACAAUGGAAGCUGCUUCAUUACGUCUCCAAAAGGAGGCAAGAGGAUACUUAGAUUCGAUACGAGCGAUGACAGCCUCUCAAAUGCGUAUAGCCGAGACGAUAGAUGCAUUCUAUGGCGAUGCCGGAGCUAAGGACGGUGUUAGCAGAAGCUACAAGCAAGCGGUGGAAGAUCUGGAUUCGGAAACCAUAAAGGCGCUAGAUGGCCCAUACAGAACAACAGUCCUAGAACCUAUCACAAGGUUCUGUUCAUAUUUCCCCGAUGUUAACGAAUGCAUCAAGAAGCGCGGCCACAAGCUGCUAGAUUACGAUGCCCUACGAGCCAAAGUCAAGAAACUAGCCGAGAAGCCCGAUAAGGAUGUCACAAAACUUCCGCGCACAGAGAAGGAGAUGGAAAUUGCCAAGGCCGCCUACGAGCAGCUCAACGAGCAACUCUCUACCGAACUACCCCAACUAAUCGACCUUCGAGUACCUUACCUCGACCCCAGCUUCGAGGCCCUCGUCAAAAUCCAGCUUCGGUUCUGCGCCGAGGCUUAUAGUAGAAUGGCUCAAGUUCAACAGUACCUAGACGCGGACACUAGGGAGCAGUACGCCCAAGGUCAACUGGACUCGAGAGUAGAGCAGGUGUUGCAAGAGAUUCGGGAACUCAGUAUCAGCGGCACGGUAUAGCGGAACUGCGGUUGAGAACGAAUACGCGGAGUCAAAAAACGAAUACACUAGGUACACAUACACAUACGCACGCACAACCAAAAAAAGGCUUUCAUUAGGCGUAAGUGGUUUUGGUCUGGUACGGGCUGGCAUUUUCAUAGGUUAGGGCACGCUGUUUUUGUUUGUUUUUUUCUUGGGACGAGCAACCGCGACAUGAUUCACGGGUUCAUGGUAGAUCCCCCGAGGUGGACGGACGGUCUUACGCGAACAGCAGCCGAGAGAGUAUUUCUGAUAGUAGAUUUGGUUUUACGACUCUUCGAGGAGAUGAUACGAUACGGCUUUGUGUUCCUUAUUACUCAACAUCACAUUAGGAUAGCACAUAGCAACCUUGUAUUUCUAUGAGGCCCCCUUUUCUACCAUUCUAUCGGAAUUGUUUUUUUAGUUAUUAUGCGAGAUAUUUUUCAGUAUAAAGUCUUUAAUCCGAGAGUGCCUUUUGACCUCUAGGUCAGAUCACUCAUAUUCUUGAGGCUAGUUACACCUACUAUUCGUACCAUUACGAUGAUGUUAUAGAAAACUAAAACAGCUCUAUAGAGGUGUCGAGCUUAGAUACCUCCUCUCAGUCACUUUUGGUUGUUGGGAAUAAUAGAAAGGCAUGAUCAACAUGGUAUUAUAUUCCGUCAUGAGAAAACUGCCUAAGG